CGAGGUUUAACGGGCGACCGGUACCGGAAGUGACGAUACCAGAGAACUUCCUGUCCAGUGACGUCGGCGUGUAUACACAUACAUCCAUAUCUUUUCUUCCUGGAAAAUGACCAAGGUGUCGCUGCUGUCAGGACUUGUGUGGGUUUUCUGCUCGAUGACUUACUACGGCAUAUCCUUUGGUAUCAAGAACUUGUCCGGCGAUUUUUAUCUCAACCUUCUGCUCAUGGCUGUCUUGGAGAUGCCGCCCAACCUCGUUAUGGUGAGCCUCUUGAACUGGUUGGGGCGGCGAUGGACAAGUGCAGGAUCGUUUUUGUUGGCAGCUGCAGCUGUGCUUAUUGUCAUCCCGGUGUCCAUUACAGUGUCAGCCCCUGAGGCUGGAGUUGCAGUCAGUACCCUGUCCAUGGUUGCGAAGACGUCCAUCAUCUUUGGCUGGAGCGCCGUCACCGUGCACCACAUUGAACUCUUCCCUACCGUUGUCAGGAACAUCGGCAUGGGCUACCUGAACACAGUGGCCAGGAUUGGCGGCAUUCUGGCGCCUUACAUCCUGUUUCAGGGCAAUGGCAGUGGUUUUGGAUUCUACGUCAUAAUUGCUGUUGCCAUGGUGCUGAAUGCAGCAGCUUGUCUGUUGCUGCGGGAGACUGGUGAUGAGUCGUUGCAGGAGUACAUCGAGGAGACAAACGCGAUGGAAGUGAGGCCAGGAGAUGUCGGCAUUGUGGAAACGAACUCAAACGUAAAAGUCCUCACAGGGCCGGAAGUCGGAGAAAACCAAGACUAGAAAGUUGAAUUAAACAGUCUGAUGUCUUCCAUGUUGAGAUCACUGCUAGCAGACAAGAUUAAAAAUACUUUCAAUAAAGUUGUUCUUGUUG